AAGAAGUGACUCUGGGACACGAAUGCAAAUGUUGACGAUUUUUGACCAACCAUGGAUAUAGUUUUGUACAUAACUGCAGCAGUCAUUCUUGUUAUACUUAUAAUUUUUGCUGUAAAAGUACGUGGAAGAGCAGAACAAUCUGACAAUGAGCACCAACAGCAGGUGGUUGCCCGAGCAGCGGCACCUCCUCCGCGACCCCAAGUUGCCGAGGACCGGGGUGCUGGAAUGCCUCGUCGCCGUAGACGCGGCAUGCAUGCUGCCAUGGAAGCCAGACGUCCUCAGAGAGAAGCUUCUGAGGAUGAGGACAGCCCAGUGGAGGUAGAGGAGGCAGAGGAGGAGGGCGAAGAUGUUCCCGUUCAGCAGGCCACUGGAAAAAUAGGAGCCAAGAAGCAAAGGAAACUGGAAGAGAAACAGGCGAGGAAGAACCAGAGAGAGGCUGAGCAGGAGGAGCGGGAGGAGAGGAAGCGCCUGCAGGAGCUCCGAGAGCAGGAGAGACGCAAGGAGGACGAGAAGGAACGUGUCCUGGAACAGCAAGAGGAAGAAGAGGCUCGUCGUGCCAAGGAGGAGCAAGAGAAAAAGGAGGAGGAGGAGUAUCAGCGACUGAAGGAGUCUUUCAUCAUCGAGGAGCAGGGGGAAGCUGAGGAGCUCACUGAACUAGAGUCCCAGAAUCUUCUUCAGGAGUUCAUUCAGCAUAUCAAGGACUCCAAAGUGGUGCUACUGGAGGAUCUAGCCUCACACUUUGGCAUGCGUACACAGGAUGCUAUCGCUAGGCUGCACGACUUGAUUGCAGACGGCUCUCUCACAGGAGUGAUCGAUGACAGGGGGAAGUUCAUCUCCAUCACCCCUGAGGAGCUGAACGCCGUGGCUCAUUUCAUCAAGCAGAGGGGCCGUGUCUCCAUCUCUGAGCUGGUGCAGGCCAGCAACACGCUCAUCAACCUCACGCCCGUCACCCGCACCACGGCCUGAACACGGCCGGAGGACAGGACUGUGGAACUAAGGACUGCUUGCGCAAGUGUGUUUGUGUGUGUGUAAAAAGAUCACACACACACACACACACACACCAACACAUGUGCGCGUGCACACACACACACACACACACACACACACACACACACACACUCAGCAACAACAUACAAGAAGAGAGGCACUCACAUACUUACACACACUCACAGACAACUUUUUUAACAUAUAGCUAUACACAGACAUUCUCACACACACACACACACACACACAGAUGAUAAAAGUUGUUGACCGGCUGUGAUCAUUUUGCGUGUUGCUCCUUGCUUUGAGUAAUUAUUUUACAGUUGUGAAAUUAUUUAAUGUUUUUGAAAAAAUAUUGUUUAAAAACAGCAAUCUCAUUCUGUAUUGUCAUUAUGUAUCUCCCACUGUAAAGAGGGCAAUAAAAGAAGGAGAAAAAAAUAGGUUUUAUAUGCUUGGUAUAUGCGUGGUACUGUGAAACCACCAGUCAUUAUAAAGGUCGUCCUUGUAAUCAUUGUUUUCCACCGACACUUUUUGAUAUUUCAUUCAGUGAGUCAGAAACUACUGACCCUGUGAUCACCCUCGUGUUUUUCAUUUCCGGUCAUUACUGUCCAGACAGCUUUUGCUUUCAGCUCAGCAUUAGCAGGUGAUUCUGUGCAGCCAUCUUUGGUACAGCAGCAAGUGCUGCACUCACUUCCCGCAAUAGGUGCAGUUUUCAAAAUUAAAGUCAGUGGACAUUGGAUAGCCAAAGCCUGUGAGUUGUUCUCCAGUUAGCACUGAAGACAGGAUAUUGCAUGAUGAUGAAUAUACAGUACAUCAUAGAUGGAGUAUUUAUAGUAUAUUUGGCUGCCACUU